AUGGAUGCGGAAUUUCGCCACGACCAGCAGCACCUCGAAGCUGAUACGUCCGACACGGACUCGGCGCUCGGCGACGACAUUUCAGCAUAUACCCAGUCUCUCAGAUCCAGCUUACUGGAGAGUGUGCGCGAGAACGGGCGCGGUUACCACCGCUAUCUGACUAGCUCCGGCAAGGACUAUGUCAUGCCAGAGGACGAAGAGGAGCAGGACCGCCUUGACCUGCAGCACCAUAUCUUCGAGAAGACAUUCCACGGCAAGCUGCUACUCGCUCCAGUAGUACAAGAUCAAGUUCACGAGGUGCUUGACCUUGGAACGGGCACCGGUGCUUGGGCAAUUGAUUAUGCCGAUGAAAAUCCGGAAUCCAUGGUCACGGGCACUGAUCUCAGUCCCAUCCAGCCCAGCCUGGUGCCGCCCAACUGCAAAUUCGUGGUCGACGAUUUCGAGAAACCAUGGCUAUUCAAACAAAAAUUCGAUGUUGUCCAUGGUCGCGUUCUGGCCAGCUCCGUCAGUUCCUUUCCGGCACUGUUCCAGCGGGCCUUCGACGCGCUCCAUCCGGGCGGCUGGAUCGAAAUGCAAGACAUUUGCCUGCCACUCGGUAGCGACGACGGCACGCUGUCACCGGAUUGUGCGCAUGCCCGGUGGGUCGAGUAUUUCAUGGAAAGCCUGGAGAAGGGCCUCGGCCGCUCUUGGGCCUGGGCGGCGAAUUACAAGCAGUGGCUGGAGGAGGCUGGGUUCGAGGACGUCCAGCAGUUCAUAUUCAAAUGGCCCAUCAACACAUGGCCAAAGGACCCUAGAAUGAAGGAGAUUGGGGGCCUGAAUCUGGUGAAUUGCUCUUCUGGUUUGGAGGGAUUCUCGUUGCGUUUGUUCAUGGGGGUUCUGGGCAUGUCCAGAGAAGAAGUCGAGGUGUUUCUGGCGGAAGUGAGGAAGGACAUGAUGAAUCGCAAAAUUCAUGCCUAUUGGCCCAUGUGCGUACAAUUCCUCUGUGCUGAACUCGGAAGCUGA